AUCAUGGCGGCUAGACGCUUGAACUUGCCCAAACUGGGCCUAGCUGUGUGUGUUUAUGGAUGCUUGCUGCACAUAGCUUCGUCCCAGAACACAACUACACUGCCUGUCACGACGGAUAAUGCUACGUCUGCAGCAAAUGAUACAAAUACCACAUCUGCAGCUCCGACAACUACGCCAACAACCACAUCAACGACCACACCUCCGCCAACCACAACUGUUUUUCUUCUUCCCACGAUGUCCGAGUCCCCUGUUCCGGAAAACACAGAUGUGAGCCUGUGUCCCUGCGACCUGACAGGAAAUGCGUGUAACGUGAACUGCCGUUGCGACCCGGACUGUUCUCAGGCAGAUAUUGACGUCUUCGAACCUCUUCCUGCUUCGGCUUUGAACCCGGUGGACAACCGCCAGUGCUUCAGCCAGAACGUGUUCCUCUUCAACAACGGGCCCGGGACCUCGGAGGACCGGGACGACGGCCUCUUCUGUAUCUUUUACGACAACGAUGAGUCGAGAAACUAUUACGUCAAUCCGACGUUGAUAUCUUCGGAAGCAGAGCUGUUGCAGUAUUCGGCAGACUACAGCACGUUUUCCUUCCAGUCCACGGCCCCACCCACCCUCACAGCCCAGUUUAAUGACUACUACAAGAGCGGAGACCCCCUGUAUGUGGUGUACCCCACGCAAGCGUUCGGCUACCUCGGUCUGCCAGCGGCCCUCUCCUCCUCGCCAGUUUGCACAGAUGGAAAUCCUGCCGCCUACCACAUAGAGGCCGAGAACAAAUGUGCCAGAUUUUUCACCAACCUGGCCACUGAGUGCCAAACUGACGUGGCCUUACGAGCGUCUACGUUUUAUCAAAAUUUCACCAUUGUCAGGGACCCGUACCUCCUGAAGGCUUUCAACUCUUCUGUUGGAGGAGAUGAGAAAGCCUGACCGGCGUGACGGAGCUCUACACCAACAACUACACCCUGACCUUUGACCUGGAGCCCACCGACCCCUUGCUGUGUGUUGUGGGCGGGGUCACGGGGCCCUGCGCGUUUGCCACGCCCCCAGCCAUGCCCACUUAUGACGCCGCAUCGGCCACGUGUCGGAACGUCUUGACAGAGGUGCGGUACCGCUUCCAGACCAGAGGUCGGUUCGGCAUCGACAACGCAUACGUCAGCUUUGUCUUCAGCGAUAUCACCGACAACAGUCUCACGCAGACGUUUUCCACUUCCUUUUCUACGGCAUCGACGAGCACGGAAGCUCCAGUCGCCCGCAGCGGCAACCCCGGCUAUGACGUGGGGCUGCCCGUGCUGGCGGGGAUCUCCAACCUGACCUCGACCGGCGGCUACUACAUACAGAGGACACCCCUGGGCCUGGUGCGACCGUCAGUGACCGGGGACUGUUUGACCGCUGCUGGUCAGCCCAGGGAGCCUGUGCUGUUUGGGGAAGACAUGCGCACUGGUUGUUUUAUACAGGUAAGUGCUAGCGGCAUCGACCAGUCGUGCCGUCUGCUCCAGCAGGAAGUGAUCAGCGCGCUGGAGGGUUUCCCCGCGACCAUCGACACAGACAUCAACGAGUACUCCAAGACCAGCCUCGUCCUGGCUAUGUUCGGCAACUCUGAGCCCGAGAAGACAGACGAUUGGCCGCCCGUGUUCUACAGCAGUAACAGACCCAGGCCACCUACGAGCUCGGGGUCCAAGUGUCUUCUAUCCCUGGGCAUGAACCUGCAGAUUCUGUACGCCAACGUGGGCUCUCUGGCCAACCCUCAGCCCAUGAUCAUCGGUGCCGCGUUUGUGUACGACGAACCCCAGCAGGUGGAAUAUCAGUGCUCCGGUCCGUUCUGCCUGCCAGGAAGUUCGGCGGUGACCCAGCGAGUGGAGAUCAGCAGCUCGGUGACCUUCAUCGACGUGUCGCGUCUGCCCGAGGGCGUGGAGGGCGUGUACCCGACAUUCGCCAUACGUCUGCCGUACGACUUCUUCUACCCGUUCCUCAGUUCUGCCCCGGCCUCGCAAGGCCCCUGUGGCUACCUCAGCCUCUGUGUAUGUUUAUUUAUAGCAAUGACGCAACUCUUCUUAUAAUCCAGAUUUUUGUGUGUGGCAUCCAUGUGGGGAAAUCAGGUGCUCAUCAAAAUAAUUAAAUCGAAGAAACUGACAUUUUACCGCUCUUUGGGCAAUUUUUAUUGAAUUUUUUUUCCGGCUCGAAACCUUUUAUGUCCAUUAGAAAACACACUUCUUUGUGGGUUUUAUUGAAAAAUGUUGGUCAAAGACAGAAAAAAAAGUAAAAUUGCAGUUCGCAAGGACACUUAAGAUUUGGAAGUCACCAAACUUUGGCAGCUAUUUUCUCGCUAAUUUUACCUGUGACGCCUGGCAACCCCAACGUGUUUUAAUCACAAAUAUCUUGGCUUCUAUGCCAGAUAGAUGAACAUUUUUUAAUUAUUAAAAGCAAGACAAAUGAGCAAGCCUUACGGUGAUAGUAAUUAUAACUCUGUCUAUAUGCCCAAAAAUUGCAGAGCGCCUGUUUCCACCUUGAUGUGACAUAUAUUUGACAACACGACUAUUGUGAGUGACUGUGUGAUUGGUUGGUCUGCCAUGCGAACAUUCCGAAAAACUUCUCAUAUUUGGUCACUUUUAAUCACAAGGGGGCUUUUUUUUUAAUAGUAGAGGUUUUACGGCGCUUGCAACUGCA